UCUUAGUGAUCAGCCUUUGUACCUUUUCCACAUUUGAAGAUGGUGAAGUUAGAUAUUCAUACUCUGGCCCAUCACCUCAAGCAGGAACGCUUAUAUGUGAACUCUGAGAAACAGCUCAUUCAGAGGCUCAAUGCAGAUGUACUUAAGACAGCUGAAAAGUUGUAUCGUACAGCAUGGAUUGCUAAGCAACAGAGAAUUAAUUUGGAUCGACUUAUCAUAACCAGUGCUGAAGCUUCCCCUGCUGAAUGUUGCCAACAUGCCAAGAUUUUGGAAGAUACACAGUUUGUUGAUGGAUAUAAGCAAUUGGGAUUUCAGGAGACUGCUUAUGGAGAAUUCUUGAGUCGAUUAAGGGAAAAUCCUCGUCUUAUUGCCUCCUCUCUGGUUGCUGGAGAGAAACUUAAUCAGGAGAACACACAAAGUGUUAUAUACACAGUUUUUACCUCCCUCUAUGGCAAUUGCAUUAUGCAAGAAGAUGAAAGCUACCUCCUUCAGGUUUUGAGAUACUUGAUUGAAUUUGAACUUAAAGAAAGUGACAACCCCAGGCGACUUUUGAGGAGAGGAACUUGUGCCUUCAGCAUCUUAUUUAAACUUUUUUCUGAAGGACUGUUUUCUGCCAAACUUUUCCUCACAGCUACUUUACAUGAGCCAAUCAUGCAACUGCUUGUGGAAGAUGAAGAUCAUUUGGAAACAGAUCCAAAUAAACUAAUUGAGAGAUUCUCCCCAUCUCAACAGGAAAAACUCUUUGGAGAGAAAGGCUCAGAUAGAUUCAGGCAAAAGGUUCAAGAGAUGGUGGAUUCCAAUGAGGCCAAACUAGUGACUUUGGUGAACAAAUUUAUCGGUUAUCUCAAACAGAACACAUACUGCUUUCCACAUAGUUUGAGGUGGAUCGUGUCACAGAUGUACAAAACCCUCUCCUGUGUAGAUAGACUGGAAGUUGGGGAGGUCAGGGCAAUGUGCACUGAUCUCCUGUUGGCCUGCUUCAUUUGCCCUGCAGUUGUCAAUCCAGAACAGUACGGAAUAAUUUCUGACGCUCCUAUUAAUGAGGUGGCAAGAUUCAAUCUGAUGCAGGUUGGCCGCCUGUUGCAGCAGUUAGCAAUGACUGGCUCUGAAGAGGGGGAUCCCCGGACAAAGGGCAGUCUUGGAAAAUUUGACAAAAGCUGUGUUGCUGCUUUCCUUGAUGUUGUGAUUGGGGGCCGUGCAGUGGAAACCCCUCCAAUGUCCUCUGUUAAUCUUCUGGAAGGAUUGAGCAGAACUGUGGUUUAUAUAACCUACAGUCAGCUUAUUACUCUGGUGAAUUUUAUGAAGAGUGUGAUGUCUGGAGACCAACUGAGAGAAGAUAGAAUGGCUCUUGACAAUUUAUUGGCUAACCUACCCCAGGCAAAGCCAGGGAAAAGCAGCAGUUUGGAAAUGACUCCCUACAAUACUCCUCAGUUGUCUCCGGCAACCACUCCAGCAAAUAAAAAGAAUCGAUUGCCUAUAGGACAUCAGUUAGCAGCCAUCACUGCCUGGGAUUCCUCAGCCACCAAUCUUACAGCUCAUAUUACUCUAGUAACCCCAUUUGCAACUCGGAGCAAAAGCCGCACCAAUGUGCUAAUGGACUUACAUAUGGACCAUGAAGGAUCAUCUCAAGAAACCAUCCCAGAGGUGCAGCCCGAGGAAGUGCUGGUCAUUUCCUUAGGGACAGGUCCCCAGCUUACUCCAGGGAUGAUGUCAGAAAAUGAGGUCCUAAACAUGCAACUUUCGGAUGGAGGACAAGGAGAUGUCCCUGUCGAUGAAAACAAACUCCACGGUAAACCUGAUAAAACCUUGCGCUUUUCCCUCUGCAGUGAUAAUCUGGAAGGAAUAUCUGAAGGUCCUUCCAAUCGCUCCAAUUCAGUGUCCUCUCUUGACCUGGAAGGAGAGUCUGUGUCGGAACUGGGAGCAGGACCUUCGGGGAGUAACGGGGCUGACGCUCUGCAGCUACUGGAGCACGAGCAAGCCACAACACAGGAUAAUCUCGAUGAUAAGCUGAGGAAGUUUGAAAUCCGUGACAUGAUGGGACUGACGGAUGAUAGGGACAUAUCAGAAACAGUGAGUGAGACCUGGAGCACAGAUGUCUUGGGAAGUGAUUUUGACCCUAACAUUGACGAAGAUCGUUUGCAAGAAAUUGCAGGUGCAGCAGCAGAGAACAUGUUAGGCAGUUUACUGUGCCUGCCAGGGUCAGGGUCAGUGCUUCUUGACCCCUGCACUGGUUCUACCAUAUCAGAGACAACAAGCGAAGCUUGGAGUGUAGAGGUUUUGCCAAGUGACUCAGAGGCCCCAGAUCUAAAGCAGGAGGAGCGUCUGCAGGAAUUGGAGAGCUGUUCGGGACUGGGUAGCACAUCUGAUGAUACGGAUGUCAGGGAGGUCAGUUCCCGCCCCAGCACACCAGGCCUCAGUGUUGUGUCGGGCAUAAGUGCAACCUCUGAGGAUAUUCCCAAUAAGAUUGAAGACCUGAGAUCUGAGUGCAGCUCUGACUUUGGGGGUAAAGAUUCUGUCACUAGUCCAGACAUGGAUGAAGUAACUCAUGGCGCCCACCACCUGACCUCUCCCCCUUCUCAAUCAGAGUCUCUGCUUGCCAUGUUUGACCCACUGUCUUCACAUGAAGGGACUUCUGCUGUGGUGAGGCCAAAAGUGCACUAUGCCAGGCCUUCGCAUCCACCACCAGACCCUCCGAUCCUGGAAGGAGCUGUGGGAGGAAAUGAGGCCAGGCUGCCAAACUUUGGUUCCCAUGGUUUAACUCCAGCCGAAAUGGAGGCAUUCAAGCAGCGGCAUUCUUACCCUGAGAGAUUAGUUCGCAGCAGGAGCUCUGACAUAGUAUCUUCCGUCCGGAGACCCAUGAGUGACCCCAGCUGGAACCGCCGCCCAGGGAAUGAAGAGCGAGAGCUCCCUCCAGCCGCAGCCAUUGGUGCUACCUCUUUGGUGGCUGCACCUCAUUCGUCCUCUUCAUCCCCGAGUAAGGACUCCUCAAGAGGAGAGACUGAAGAACGCAAAGAUAGCGAUGAUGAGAAAUCAGACAGGAACAGACCUUGGUGGAGAAAACGUUUUGUUUCUGCCAUGCCUAAAGCUCCCAUACCAUUUAGAAAGAAAGAAAAACAAGAAAAAGACAAAGAUGAGCUGGGGCCUGACAGAUUCUCAACACUCACAGAUGAUCCCAGCCCUAGACUCAGUGCACAAGCUCAGGCCGCUGAGGACAUUCUGGACAAAUACAGGAACGCCAUUAAGCGAACCAGCCCCAGUGAAGGAGCAAUGGCCAACUAUGACAAUGCAGGUGAUAACCGUGAGGCUAUGGGUGACGGGGAAAGUGCACACGAUUCUCCUCGAGAUGAAGCACUGCAAAACAUCUCAGCCGAUGACCUCCCGGACUCUGCGAGCCAAGUGGCCCACCCUCAGGACUCAGCCUACUCUUACAGAGAUGCAAAAAAGAAACUGAGGCUUGCUCUUUGCUCUGCGGAUUCAGUUGCUUUCCCAGUGCUAAGCCAUUCAACAAGGAAUGGUUUACCAGACCACACAGACCCAGAAGAGAAUGAAAUUGUAUGCUUCUUAAAAGUUCAAAUAGCCGAAGCAAUUAAUUUACAAGAUAAGAACUUAAUGGCUCAGCUGCAGGAAACAAUGCGUUGUGUGUGCCGCUUUGAUAACAGGACUUGCAGGAAGCUGCUGGCCUCUAUCGCCGAGGACUACAGGAAAAGGGCCCCCUACAUUGCUUACCUCACCCGCUGUCGGCAAGGACUGCAGACCACGCAGGCUCACCUGGAAAGGCUGCUGCAGAGGGUGCUGCGGGACAAGGAGGUGGCCAACCGAUACUUCACCACCGUCUGUGUGAGGUUGCUGCUUGAGAGCAAAGAAAAGAAGAUCAGGGAGUUCAUUCAAGACUUUCAGAAACUCACAGCAGCUGAUGAUAAAACUGCUCAGGUAGAAGACUUCCUGCAGUUCCUCUACGGCGCGAUGGCCCAGGACGUCAUCUGGCAAAAUGCGAGCGAGGAGCAGCUUCAGGACGCGCAGCUGGCCAUCGAGCGAAGCGUGAUGAAUCGCAUUUUCAAGCUUGCUUUCUACCCCAAUCAGGAUGGGGACAUACUCCGUGACCAGGUUCUUCAUGAACAUAUCCAGAGAUUGUCGAAAGUGGUGACUGCCAACCACAGAGCGCUUCAGAUCCCGGAGGUUUAUCUUCGGGAGGCGCCGUGGCCAUCUGCGCAGUCGGAGAUCAGAACCAUCAGCGCUUACAAGACCCCGCGGGACAAGGUGCAGUGCAUCCUGAGGAUGUGCUCCACCAUCAUGAACCUGCUGAGCCUGGCCAACGAGGACUCUGUCCCCGGGGCGGACGACUUCGUCCCGGUGCUGGUGUUUGUGCUGAUAAAGGCAAACCCACCCUGUUUGCUGUCCACUGUCCAGUAUAUCAGUAGCUUCUAUGCCAGCUGUCUGUCCGGAGAGGAGUCCUACUGGUGGAUGCAGUUCACAGCAGCGGUGGAAUUCAUUAAAACUAUCGAUGACCGAAAGUGACCAGGACCCAGGCCACCCAGGCAGCAGACUGUUCGGCCGGCAAACCGACCUCUAGGAAAAUGUGCCAGCUGCUCUGCAGGCGGGAGCUUGUUUUGUAUCAUAUUGUACAGCAUUCAGACAUUUUAAAACAGAUCUUUACUAAACAGAUUAAUGCACUAACUAGCAGGUUCUCUUUCCUUUGGGCUCUUCCUUUCUGAAUUGCAUAUUAUCCUUUCUUGUCCCCAGGUAGAGAAUAGUACUGUAAAAAGGGACCACAUUUUUCAGGUAUUUGAAAUACUAAACCUCCUAGAAACAAAGCAGAACCUCCUACAACAUUUUUAGAUCUCCGUUCCUGGAUACCCAUUCUUUCCUUUUACUGAACAAAAAAGAGCAGUGCACCCCUUUCAGGAUGCUGUGCGCCCCUGUAGGGGUCCAUGGAGGGAAUGGGCGCUGCCCUGAGGAUUAAAGGUGACAUCGUGGCAUUAUCUAUAAAUACACUCACCUAAAUUGAAAGCUAAGAAGGAAAUGUAAAUAUAAUAUAUAUUUAUAUUUGAUGUAAUAUGGACAUCUUCAGAUUCUAAUAAACAAGGAAUAUUGCUGAUAGUAGAUUGUGAUGUACCCUCUUGUGAAAUGGUUUCCUUGACAAAAUUUAAGCUGAGCUUAAAAUCAGAAAACAAAAAAGUAUGCAGAAAUAUUUAUGAAAGUGUAAUACAGGUUAUUGAACUUCCUAGGUGUGGAGCUUGAUGCCAGGGCUGCCUUUGGUGAGAGGUAUCCGUCAUGAGUAAGUCGCCCAGACAUUUCUCACUGCACAUCUCUGAGCUCAGGAGGGGAGAGAUCUCUAACCGCCAUACACUCAUCCCAAGGAGCCGUCGUAUCUAACCCUUCAUGUGGUACUUCUCCUCUGAAAUACGGAACAUACAGAACCCCCAAUGGAACUCCUCACCACCCUCUUGUCAUAUUUUUGAUGAUGAUUCACAUUGAAUGCACAGACCAGGAAUUCAGUGAAUGUCAUUUUUUAAAACAACUAAUUUGUAUUGUCUGCUCUAGUGAUCCAAGUUUUAUUAGUGAUGAGCUAUUUUAAUCAACCAUACAAUUCUUACAGGAAAAAAAUCUAUUUUGGCUGGUUUCUGUGCCUUUAUUCCCUCUUCUGAAGAAAAGUAUGUGUUUCAAGAUUUUGUUUUGAUUGUAUAUUGAUAAUUAGUCAGGAGUUGGUUUUGGUGUCUGAGAAAUUGGCCAAGGAGGCAACCAAAGCUUUAAGCACAAGCCUUGUACCCGGUCCCCACCGACUGGUUUCACUUUGUGUUUCUAAUCACGUUUAGCUUCUUGUAUAACAAACUCGUCCCAUACCUUGAGCUCCUCGUCACUGACAGCGCUUCCAGGCGUUUUUAAGGGAACGGUGACGGACACCUGGAGCUGGUGAACACAGCUCGUCUUCUCCCUCCCUCCCUCCCAGAUCUCCGCGUCUCGUUGUGCCGAAGGAAGCUGGGUUUUCUUUAUGCCUCCACCGCUUCUCAUUCAUUUAUUUUAAAACACCCAAGUAACAAGCUGCAUAGGCGUGUGGGAAGCAGUGUCUGCCUUUUGGGGAGCGGUCAGACUUAAACUAGUACUACAGUCCUUUGGAGUGUUCGGUCGUGUGCUUCCUGGGCUGUAAGGCUCAAACGUGCCCAGGAACGAGAAGUCAAAUCCCGUCAUAAAUUCUUUACAAGACAGACUGUCAAACACGGUUUCUGAGACCUAGAGGGAGUCCAUUUUCUUCAGCAUUUGAUUCAAUAAAUGUUAAGUCAACAGAAAACUCGCAAUAGUUGAACAUCAUUGUUACGGGAUUUAACUCGGAAGUCAAUGAGAGAUUUUUUUCCCUCCGUGGCUGCUAAAUCUGUUCCAUGUUAUCACCAUGGAAAUAAAUAUGAAGAUGUGGA